AUGGAGCCAUCGAGUUCCACGGCCCCAACUGCCGCAGACUCGAUGCAGCCAUUAGACAUCAUGUCUACACCCGACGGAUCAAGCGCCAUGAAGGAUAGCCAGUCACCUUCGCCUUCCUCUUCGUCCGGCUCGAAGCCUCAGUCAAACCAGUCCCGGAGACCUCCCCGGAAGAGCACGCUCACUCAGCAGCAGAAGAAUCAGAAGCGACAGCGCGCGACCCAAGACCAACUUACAACCUUGGAGAUGGAGUUCAACAAGAACCCAACCCCUACAGCCAAUGUGCGGGAGAGAAUUGCGGAAGAGAUCAACAUGACCGAAAGGUCUGUGCAGAUCUGGUUUCAGAACCGACGUGCAAAGAUUAAGUUGCUGGCCAAGAAGAGCCUGGAGACGGGCGAGGACAUUGACUCCAUCCCUGAAUCCAUGAGGGCAUACCUUGCCAUGCAGGCCAUGGAAUCCGGCAAGGGGCUUGGGGGAACCUUCCUGGGCCGGACUGGUCUCGUACCGUACGGAACCUCAAUGAUGCUGGGAGGAGAGCAAGGUGGACAGGGCAAGGUGCUCAUUCACCACUUGACCUGCCGUUCCUUGACCGUCGGCAAGUGGACGCGUGUUGGACAGAACACCAUGGACCUCAUCAUUUUUUACUCGCCCGAGAAAUGCACCAUGACUUACUAUAUCAACAACGAUCAGGCGGGAUACAAGAUCGAGUACCAUUUCAGCGCCAUUAAGAACAUAUACCUGGACAAUCCGGAGGGCGACGCCAGCAAGCCGGGCGGCAUCGUCAUCGAGUUGAACCGCCCUCCCAACUUCUUCAUGGACUCGUCCCCGAACUCAAACGGCUUUUUCCAGUGCGGAGACUUCACCGAGGACCAGCAGGCUACCCAUUGCUUCGUGCACCACCUCGGUGGAAACCCCAAGGUCCUUAGUGGUCAGUUGGCCAAGUUGGUCUCGCUCGAGUCUUUCAUGAACCGUCACAACCCCAACCCCUUCAUGGACCAGCAUCACGCGUUAUCGGUCUCGGCGCCCGUGUCGCCGACGGGACGCCCUUCGUCGCAGCCCAACUUCGGGCAGCCCCAUGUUGGCAUGUAUCAAGAGUCACAGUGGGGUAUCAGCCCGGUUCACCCUGGCAUGCGAGGCCCCGGGCACAAGCGACAGCGCAGCAGAUCAGUUCCCGCGCCUGUCGACUUCUCCCUGUUCCAGAGCCCGAUGCCGUCGUUUUAUAUCCAGCACCCUGGUGAAGCCCAGCCACACCCGCACAGCCCAAAUGUCUUUGCUCCAGUGCCUCAGCAUCCUCAUCAGCUUAGCCCCGUCGGACCUGGUCUACGUAUCGAUACCCAAGCAGGCUACGGCAUGGAUCUACGGCCAUACCCCUUGUCUGCUGCGACCAGUGCCCCUUCAGAGUAUUCCAACAGCUCGAACUACUUCUCGCAGGCCCCAGAGAACACGCCGCUACCUGCUUCAAGCUACAACACGCCCUACAGCAGCACCUUUCUGUCUCCCAUGAUGCAGCCCGCGAGCAUGAUUCCCCAAUCCGUGUCGCCACUUCCAUUCUCCCAUGGCGACCCUGCUAUCGUGGAGCAGUCUCCCCCGAUGGGGUUGAUGCGUAGUGCCUCCGCCGACAUCUACCCUGUCGGCGACUCUGCCAUCUCAGACGAUGGUCACAGCCUGAAUGAGAUGUAUUCGAAGCACACAAUCAACCUGCCGAUGCACCCCCACUCUCCAGCCUUUGUCGAGUCGAAUCAAGGCGAUUUGGACAUGAACCAACUAGUCCAGUUCGAUAAUAUGGACCAUGUCAGCACGCCCGAGAACAUGCCUCAUCAACAGUGA